AUAACACAAUUCCUACAGUAUACUCUUCUAUUUAUAGCCCACCUAGUAAAAAGGAUUUCAAGUGAUCAAGGUUACAAUAAUGACCUGUACAGUAACUAUAGACCAGACACAAGUGCUGUAUGCAGUACAUGAGUAUCUGGAGAAAAUUGGACAGUCAGAAUGUCUGAUUGCCCUGGAAAAUAAUUGUGAGGAACUAGCGUCAAGAGUUGUGCCCAUGCAACUAUCGAUACUGAGGCAGCUCUGUAUGACUGGAGCUUGGGAUGAGGUCAUUGACUGUAUUCACGUGUUCCAAGGCUCUGAGAGAUCUAAAGAGUGUCUAUACGAGGCUACUAGACAAUGGUAUCUGGAGAAGCUGACAACAACACCGCAGCAUAAUAGUCAACUGGAUAUAGCUGAUGUAGCCACUCUGAAAGAUCUCUUGGCAAAGUUGAAAGAAUUAUGUCCAUCUCAGAAGGAUUAUUCAACCCUUCAAUCACUUGCCAAACUACCGUCCGUUAACACAAAUGCUGACUAUGCGAAGUGGUCUCUAUCUCCGGCCCGCUUGAUCGUGUUUCAACGGAUUGCCUCCUGUAUAUCUGCAGAGCUCAAUAUCGAUGCAAAUCCCCACUCAAACAAAACCACAGAUCCACUCAAUACUAAGCUAGUCCAAUUGAUAGCCAAAGGUCUCAUGUACGAGAAAUGUGAACAGAUUUGUUUAAGCCGUUGUAGUGAUGAGAAGAGACCCAGCGAUUGUGAAAUGCUUGAGCUGAGUGGAUGGAUGACACAGCAACCAGACAGUGCUUACCAAAUAUCUCCAUCUUGUUGUAGAGUGACGUUCUUAUCAUCUGAGCCAAUCUCCGAACCCACGCAACCACCCCAAACUACAGUCCCAUCACGUAGCAAAACUCGAACUGUUUUGAAGCCCAAACCUGAGACUAUGAUAUCACCUAUUUUUAUUGAACGGAAGGAAAUUUCACAACAACCGAUUGUUCAACUACCCACUGCUGCAGAAGUGAGCAAUCCUAUUAUCGCUAUUGCCGGGAAAAUCGAACAAAAUUACCAGCAAAGUUCUGAUGAGGCACAAACAGAGUCUGCUAUAUCAACUAUUGAUGGAGAGGAAGAGAACAGGUCACCUGAUGAAGCUACUAGGCAUAGAAGUGAAGAGGUCCAACCAGUUGAGGACACAAGAACUAAGAAACUGUCUAGUGUUCAAAUUUGUGACAAAACUCAAGUCCUUCAUGAGUUUGAAGACCACUUUGUCAAAUACUCUCCUCCUAGCCAGUUCCAGUCUCCCAUCAAGACAGGGCGUGAUUCCUCCACUCCUAAACCCUCUAGUAGCGUGCUCCCCCCCUCACCACCCACCUCCCCUGUCACACACACUCCACACCCACCCACCUCCCCUGUCACUCACACUUCACAUCCACCCACCUCCCCUGUUACACACACUCCACAUCCGCUCACCUCCCCUGUGACUCACACUCCACAGCGAUUGGCCGCUGAGAGUCGAGGGCGUACGCUGACCCUUCCUAGACGGUUUGAUUUCAACCAGGACGAGAGCGGCUGUGAGGAGGAGAUGAGUAUCGAGUGGCCCACUGCUACACUUCUCUCACAGGUCACAGACACUCAGGCUAUUCGGGCAGUGUCCUUCUCCCAGACAGGUGAUGUGGUGGCAGUGGGGGCUAACUCUAGGACCCUCAGGCUCUGCUCAACAAAGCCACUGCUAGAGGGCAAGAUAAGCUCUGACCUCCCAGUGUUCUACCAUCACUCCUCCUACCAUAAGGGCUCAAUCUAUUGUCUGGCUUGGAGGGGGGACACUCUAUUAGCCUCUGGUUCUAAUGAUCACCACAUCAGACUACUCUCCUAUGAUCCCACACGCUCAGACACGCCAUGCAGGACAUUGGGAAGUCUUAGUAUACACUCAGGCACAAUAAGAGACCUCAUGUUCACACCUAGUGGACUGCUGGUGUCUGGAGGUGCUGUGGAUUUCGAUGUUAAACUCUGUGAUCCCGUUACAAAACAAAUCGCUUGUUCACUGACUGGACAUUCAGAGCAAGUUCUAGCACUGGAUGUGAUGGACGAUAAUCUGAUUGCAUCCGGGAGUCAAGAUAAGACUAUUAGACUAUGGGAUAUACGACAAGAGGAGCCGAUAUGGACCAUCACUUCAGGCUACUCGGUCAACUCUCUGUCAAUUUGUUCUCCACGAGAUGAGCUGGUAUCAUCUCAUGAGGAUGGGUCCUGCUCUAUACAUAGUCUAAGAGGAGGCAAGACUCGUGUUAGUCUACAUCCACACACGGACGACUGUCGCAGUGUCAAGUGGAGCCCUCGCGAUGGACAGUGGAUACUGAGUGGGUCCUAUGAUGGGACAGUCUGUCUCACACACCCAGGAAGUGCUGAGUGGACACAAAUGUGCGAGUAUGAGGAUAAAGUGAUCCAGGUCAAGUGGCAUUGCGGGGGUCAACUGCUUGCAACCACCUCAGCGGACAAGAGGGCACGCUUCUGGACUAUCAAAUAACUCUCAAAUUGCUCUAUUGAUUGUUUAAUUAUUUUGUACAAAUUGCUGUUCAUUGAGAUUCAUUCCACCUUGUAAUUGAUUUUAAUUCAUUUAAUAAAUUUUUUAAAUUUUUAA